AUGGCAAACUCUAAAGGAUGGAAACUUAAGGAUUAUUACGUCAAGCCUUGCACAGUCAAACUAAUCAUCAUCUGGGAUAUGAUCAGGGUCGGCAUCCCUAUCUUCUAUUUCGUGAUUACCAUUAUUAUUUACUUCAGAGAUGAUAAUAGAGAUGAUGACAAUGACAGCAGUGUUCUGAACAGCUCAAGUAUAAUCCCGUCUGUUACAAAAGCAGCUUCAAAUUCUAAUGAUGAACUAGUGUCCAUGUCUUUCUUACUAGGAGAGAUUUUUAGAACCUUCUUAAUCUGAUGUAUGGCUGUUGUAGCUAUGUGAAAGAAAUUUGAUUAUAUGCCCACAGGAACAUAUUUCUGGACGCGGUCUAUUAAUAGCUGCUUCAAUGUUAUGAGUCACUUAUUUCAGUUCUUAAUUCUUGGAGCAAAUAUUUUUAGAUUGGCAAUAACAACUUUUUCAUUCAUGUUCGAUGGCUAUUUGAGUUAUAUAGUAUAUGUUUUUUGGCAAAAUUUAAAAGAGACUAAAAACUCAUCAACAAGUAGCUCUGCUCAAAGUGAUUUUAGUCAUCAAAUUGAUGUAGAAUGUCCUGAUGAUCAAGCAAAGAGGCUUGAAGAAGAAAUCAAAGCUGGAUUAGCAAAUGAUGUUUUGGAAGUUGAUGAAUAUGAUGAAAAUGGAGUCCCGCACACCAAAGCUAUACGAAUUGAUGAAGAUAACAAACAAGUUGUGGUAGAAUGUAUCCUACCACCUCUUAAAGAGUUAAACCAAUACAAGUCCCGAGAUGGAUCUUCACGGGAUAAUGCUUCUCGAAUCACUGCCUUUUUAGAAGAUAGGCAGCAUCCAAAAACCCGUAAAGCUUCUUAUGACAAUGAUAUGGCAAGUUCUGAUUACUACAGGAGCAAGCCGAGUUUCAAAGGAACCAGAAAAGAAAAUUUUGUGUUCACCUCAAAUCAUAUUCAAAUGAUUAACAAAUCGAACCAAGAUUUAUCUGAAGAGAACAAGUCAAGAAUCCAUAGAAACAGCGGAGCUGCUUCUAAGCUCAAACUGGUAUCCAAGCAUACAGGCUCAGAGAGGAAGUGGAUUGCCCAUGACCAAGAAGAUAAAGAUCAGGAUGACAAAAAUGACUCUGUCAGCUCUGUAAAGGAGUAUGCUGAAAACGAGAUCUACCUAGAUACUCAUUCACGGACUUCGAAAAUCAAGAAGAAUUUAUGAAAUUCUCCUCCAGUGCACAAAAACAACAACAUUUAUGCAGAGCAAGAUGAUACAGUUCAGAGGACUAAAAGUAAAGAUGCUGUUAAAAGUGCAAAAAGUUUCAGGUUCACCAGCCAGAUGGAGUGCAUUGAGAGGCAUGAGACAUAUGAUGAAGGCAACCGCUUUAGUGUCAGUAAUAAAGAUGAGUCUGAUGAGUAACCCUCAGGCUGAAGUUAAAAUUGAUUAUCAAUUCAAUGAC